GUCGCAUGUUGAAAACAUACGAGUGCGCAUGUGCGCCGGUUGCCGCGGUUACCUGUAACACUUGAGCUUUCCCCUCACAGUCAAGAUGCCACCCAAGAAAAAAAAGAAGGGACAAAAGCUGAGCAAAGCUCAAAGGUUAAAGAAGCAGCAAGAGGAGGAAGAAGCUGCUCAGCUUCAGGCCGAAAGAGAAGAACAGGAGCGACUGGAAAAUGAGAGAAAGCAGGAGGAGAUACAAAGGUUGGAGGAAAAGGCUUCAGAGAGCCAAGAGCAGGAGCUGAAUGAACUUUGCUAUCUGCUGGAGGAAAAAAACUCUGCAAUAAUCAAAUGGAGGAUCCAGGCUGCAGAAAAGGCUGAGUGGGAGAGAUUCAUGCGUUGUGACGGCGUCCCAAACCCAAGAGACCAGCGGGCAAUCAAUACAUUUAUCAGCCUGUGGAGGGAUGACUCAGGAUCCAGCAUCGCAGAGGGCCUUCAACUAUGCAACACAGCUGUGCAACUGGUUGAAGAGCUGGAAGAGCUUCUGAAAGAGGCCACAGAUCCAAAAGAGGUGCUGAAGUACCAAGAAGCUCUGAUUGAAGUACAGGAGCUUCUCCAUUCGAAGCACCUUUUCAUCGCCGAGAAGAUCCUAAAGGGAGCAAGUGAAAACAUUGACCCUGACACAAGGAACAUGCAGACUAUGUCCAAACAUGAAAAGCUGACGCUGUGUCUCUGGGCCAACCUCUUCAAAAAUCCAAACUUUAAGGGGCUCGACUUUGAGGAAGCUGGCAUGGGCUUUAGGAUUCCCAUGCACCUGGCCGGGAGCGACAUCGCCGUACGAAUGCUCCACACCCACUAUGACCACCUGUCAAUGCUGGCAAGGAUCCGUCAUCCUUCCCAGGAGCAGAUAGCGGAGGAGGAGACGCUGCCCCCCCAGGAGUCAGAGGCUAAACAGAGUUCACCCAGCCUGCAGUCAAGAAACAGCAGCCCACAGCAGGGCUCAGAGGGAAGCAGGAGCCAGAUAUUUACACAGAUGGAAGCGCUCAACGGUCACAUGUCCAGCCAGGAUUUUUCUGAUGCUCCAACUACGGAUCCGACUGUUCCUGAAGUUGCGACGGCAGGAAGCGGAGCCCAGAUUGUAGAUCUGAUGCAGUACACAACCCUGGGUGGAGUUUUCUACUAUGAUCUAUUCCACCUCCCACCACAGCCCAUCAGGGGAAAAGGUUAUACCAUACUGCAGAUUGUGGAUGGCCUGAAGGAGUUCCCAUAUCCAACAGGGAGGCCCAACAGUGAGGCUUGCCCCCCCCUCGGGGUGUCCAUUACCCUUCCUGACUGGGUUGUAAACAUGGAGCCUCCUCUUGUGGCUCGCUGGGAUGCUGGAGACGAGCAGUGGAGAUCGGAUGGCAUCACCGAUGUCUCCUACGAGGAGGCAGAGGCCAGGAUCUCCUUCAGCAUGGAAACGCUCCAGACCGUUGCACUGAUGCAGAACACCUACGCCAACCUUCCCUUUCGGGGCUGGGAGCUUCGUCCGCUGGGCCAAAACUCUGCUCUGUUUACCAUCAAGGGCGCCCUCCUUGACUUCAGCAUCACCAUUCAGAACAACCAGUGCAUGCUGGAGAUGGAGCAGCACAGAGGCCUCUCUCACCUGACGGGGAAGUGGAUGAGCGGACCGGCGCUGCAGAAAGCCAUGCUCAAGGCGGGGAUCAACAUCUUUGCAAACGAGCACACGCACAAAUACGUCAGCAUCUGCAAGAAGGAAUCGCUGACAGAACAGGCUGCUUACGAGCAGAUGGCCCUGUUUGCAUCUGCUUGUGCGUUCUCCUGGAGCAAGUGGAAUGCCAAAUGUGGAGAGGAGCAUCUGGUCCUUCAGGCGUGUGAGCACCGUGACCCCACCCCUGUACCUGAGGACUCCUGGAGCACGUACCUUGUGGGAGCCCAGAGGAGUCGGAGGCUGGAGAUCACCGAGAACAGCGCCGCCUUUUCUCCAGACCAUGCCCCCGACAGCCAGUUCCACUCCACCUUCAUCCACAUGCUGCAGGAUAACAUGAGCCCCGAUGGGAUAGCCAUGGCCACAAAUUCCCAUUACUUGUUCGUUGACGCCGUGCACAGCCUCCUGCGUGCUACUCGACCUCUGUUUUUUUCAUAAUUCUGACGUGAGACUAAUGCACUGAUAAAUGGAGGAAGGUUGCGUUUUAUGCUGGGAAGCGUAACAGACUCAGGUUAAACAAAAGUCGUUUUCAAAAGGCUUCGUUAAAACAGACGAUCCCGCUGUUAGGGACGGAACAAUAUGCUUGGUGAAGAUCGACCGUGAAUAAAUGCUUUGCAUAAACGUGCCGGAGUUUGAAUUUUAUGCAAAAGUCACCGGUCAGAUUUCUUAACUCAUUUGUCACGCUGAUCCCAGGUCAGUAAUUGCCCAAACAAUAACAGCCUUCUUAACUUAACAACAAAUCUAAAUAUUUCAUGUUUUCUCCUGAUUAUUACAGAUAACUGCUCGUAAAGUAAUAAAUGUCUGCUUUCUCCAACAUGAUGUAAAGUGAGCUGGCUAGUAGCAAACUGCAAAUGACACUUAGUAGGGAUUUUCUUCUGGCCACCGAUCCUUCAAGGUUA